AUGUCGCUGCGCCUGUCCCGCCUGUUGGCCCAGCUGUGUGCCGGCGACCCUGGUGCCAGCAUCGCUUGGCCGACGUCCAGUGAGGCCCUGACUCGUGGAGUGCGCAUCCAGGCCUCCGCUAGCUUCGAUGCUGCCGCCUCCGACCCGGCGAAGGGGCGGUGGCAGUGGACCUACAGAGUGAAGAUCUCCAACGAGUCCGCCCACACUCUGCAGCUGCUAUCGCGACACUGGGUCAUCGUUGAGAAGUCGGGCCUGGUAGCAGAGGUUGGCCCGAAGGCCCCUGGAGUCCUCGGCCAGCAGCCAAUCCUGCGCCCGGGGGAGUCCUUUGCCUACAGCUCCGCUUGCCCCCUGUCUUGCGAGGCCGGCACCCUUCAUGGAUCCCUGGAGAUGAAGAUCCUUGAGCCGGCCGAGUUGCAUGGGCGCCGCUUCGAGGCGGAAAUCGGCCGGUUUGGCUUGGCAACGGAAGGCGAUGAGGUCCUGAUGCCCAUCGUCAUCCACGAGGCACUUUGA